AUGCAGUUCAUCAAACCACAAGCAGCACGUGCCGCCGAGCCAUCGGCGGCGCCGGAGGAUUCAUGGCCGUGCGGGCAUGGCGUGGCGAUCCGAGACAUCAACCGAGCCCAUGAACUGAUGACCCAGCUGCACGCUGUGUUGCUUCAGUUCCCCGCCGGCUCCACCUGGUCGCGAUUGGGCGGCGACAUCAUCAAGGACAUACUGAAGCUCACCACGUCGGCCCUCUCCGCCCUUCAAUCCGGCGAGCGGAUCGCCGGCGAGAAGAGGAAGGCUGUUGCUGCCUCUGCUACUUGGGGCACAAAAGAUCAUGAGCCCGAUGGAAGAAAGAUCAAAAGGAAGGAGGAAGAUAAAUGGGCAGUCGUGACGACGGUGCCCUACGAGGAUGGUCACCAGUGGCGCAAGUACGGACAGAAGUCUAUCACCAAUGCUGAGCAUCCGAGGAGCUACUUCAGAUGCACAUACAAAGAGGAGCAAGGCUGCGAGGCCAAGAAGACGGUGCAGCAAGAAGACGGCCAUGUGGAUCCACCAAAGUUUACCGUGGAAUACACCGCUCGUCAUACCUGCAAAUUAUCUGUGUCGACAACAUGUCUCCCUUUUCAAAAGCCCUCUCAGCCGCCGCCGACCUCUGAUCGCCUGAUCACGUCCUCUUCGACAUCGUCUUCUCCAUCACUUGUAGCUGCUAGUACCGGUGCUAAAGUCGACUAUCAGAGCCCUGAGAAGAGCUUCAAUAGGGAUCUCGAUCUGCCGCAGGUGUGCAGUCAGGUGCGUGAUGAAAUGCUUGAGGAUUGGGAUUGGGAGUUGGAUGAUUUGCUCGGCCGGACAAGUAGUACUCUGGAGCUGGACAUGUUUGGAGAUGAUUACCAUGAAUGGUAUUAA